AGCGUUGAAGGAACUUCGCCACCUUGAAGACGCCCUCUCGCUCUCGCUUACUUACGGGGAUUAAUUUUUCCUCUGGUUGAAUUUAAAGGACUGUGGGUUUUGUUCGACUUUGCUAAGGAUUCACUGAGGAGGGGCUAUUGAUUCCGAGAUGGACGAAGAAGAAAUCGAGAAAACAGUGAUUGCUUAUCUGAAAAAGAAGGGUUUCAAGCAAACGGAGCUUGCAUUACAGGAGGAGCAGCAGCAGAGCAAAAUCAUCACUGACUCUUCGGCUCUAAACUCCUCAGAUACUUCCCAUGCUGACCCUCUUGCCAAUGACAUUCUCUCUAUCUCUCAAUCUGGAAGUGUUCCUGCAAAGUACCGUGAUGAGUACAGCAAGCUUCGAUCUUGGGCAGAUAGUUCUCUUGAUUUGUAUAAGCAUGAGUUGCAUCGUGUACUGUAUCCUGUAUUUAUACACUGCUUCAUGGAUCUAGUCGCUAAAGGUCACAUUCAGGAAGCACGAGCCUUUUUUAAUAGCUUCAGAGAAGAUCAUGAGAUGAUUCACUCACAUGAUCUCCAGAAACUAGAAGCUGUCCUAUCACCUUCACAUCUAGAGGAAAUGGAGUUUGCAUAUUCUUUAAGGCAAAGCAAAGUGAACAUAAAAAUGUGUCAGUAUUCCUAUGACCUAUUGCUGCAAUACUUGCACAAGGCUCAUGCCAUGGUGAUGCUAGGGAUGAUAAAUGAGCAUAUAAAUUUCCAAGUUUCUCCUGGACAGCCUGGUUUGGUUUCAGAUGAUGCUGAUGUUGUAACUCUAAUUGGGAGCAGCCAGGCAACUGCUCGUUUGGUUAACCAGAAAGAAAUUCACUGGGGAUUGCUUGAAGAUUCUUUAGAGGAGCGGCUAGAGAAGGCAGGAGGUAUGCUUUUAGACUCAGAAAAGGUUGAGGGGGAGUCCAAAGAUGGAGAAACUGAUGAUAACAAGGGAGGAAAGCAAGGAUCGUCUAUGAAGAAGUUGAAAAAAGACAAGGUUGCAGGCCCAACAGGAAAAGUUUCACACAUAGAGGGUAACACAACAUCUACUACACCACACGUUAAGCCCGAGUUACCUUUACCAGCAAUAGAUAUGGAUGUAGAGCAGUCUAUUCUUGAAGACUUAAGGAAUCGUGUGCAGCUGAGUAGCUUGUCACUGCCCUCUGUGAACAUGUAUACCUUUCUUAAUACUCAAAAUGGACUAAACUGUGCAUCUAUUUCUCAUGACGGAUCACUGGUAGUUGGUGGGUUUUCGGAUUCUUCGAUUAAGUUGUGGGACAUGGCAAAGCUAGGUCAAAAAUCAUCCAAUUCUCUCUUGCAGGGUGAUAUUGGUUCCCCCCAAAAUGAGCAGGUUCUUGGGGAAAAUGGACAACGAAGAUGUUAUACACUGUUCCAUGGUCAUUGUGGACCUGUUUAUUCUGCCACCUUCUGUCCAUACGAUGAUUUUUUACUAUCGUCAUCGUCCGAUUCUACUAUUCGGUUGUGGAGCACAAAAUUUAAUGCAAAUCUUGUUUGUUAUAAGGGCCAUAAUUAUCCUGUAUGGGAUGUUCAGUUUAGUCCGGUUGGGCAUUACUUUGCCAGUGCCUCACAUGAUCGAACAGCAAGGAUCUGGUCUAUGGACAGGAUACAGCCUCUAAGGAUUAUGGCCGGCCACUUAUCUGAUGUUGAUUGUGUGCAAUGGCAUGCCAACUGUAACUACAUCGCAACAGGAUCGAGUGACAAAACUGUUCGCUUGUGGGACGUCCAGAGUGGCGAGUGCGUCAGAAUUUUCAUUGGUCACAGAGGUAUGAUAUUGUCACUGGCAAUGUCACCUGAUGGCCGUUAUAUGGCAUCAGGCGAUGAAGAUGGGAAAAUCAUGGUAUGGGAUCUUGCAAGCGGGCGCAGUAUAACACCUUUGGUUGGUCACACCUCUUGCGUAUGGACACUUGCUUUCAGUUGUGAAGGCUCUAUUCUUGCAUCUGGUUCUGCGGAUUGCACUGUGAAAUUGUGGGAUGUAACCACAAGCACCAAGAUUCAAAAAUCUGAUGAGAACAAAUCUGGGAGUGCCAUUAGACUCCGAUGGUUGAAGACAUUGGCUACCAAAUCCACACCAGUAUAUGCUCUGCGUUUCUCUCGAAGAAAUCUUCUCUUUGCCGCUGGUGCAUUUUCUCCAAUAGUGCAUAAAACUACAUGUUAACAUUGAACAUUCUGAAGUGGCAGUAUGGUUUCUGUUAUCUUUGCUUACAAGAAAUGUAAUUCAUGGAACAAUCCUGAAAACCAAGGGGAACAUUGAUUGCUGAUUGAUGAUGGAUGAUUAAGGAAGCCAGAUUGCGUUCUUACAUAUAUAUAGGCACACAACUUUAACUUAUAUUGAAUAAAAUGUACUAUAUUCAUGAAUGUGACAUGAUGGACAAAACGCCCUUGAUGGAUAUGUGACCGACUUUGUUGUUAAUUACUCCCUCUGUCCCACAAUGAAUAACACUUUGUUACUAGUCUGGCAUUUCAAUAAUAACUUUUAUUUACU